GUUUUGCAUUUGUUGUUUGUGUUUCUUGUUCAGUAUUACUUCUAGACAAUGGGCUAAAAGUUCAGGCAAUGUCACGUUUGACUGAACAUCAAAGAGUAGCAAUGUUAAUACUACUAGGAUGUGGGAACAAAACUAGAACCCAGAAAAAUAUAAGUUUGGAAACCAGGAACUCGAAUAUCUUGAGUACCGCAAGUUCGAAGUGUUUACUGCUUUCGAGAUCAUUAUCGAGACCUGUUUCUGCUCUACCAGUUCUGAUUUUAAAUAAUGAGGACUCAUGUGAUGAAAUUUCAAACUCCCGGCGACCAUUUUCUGCGGGAUAUGUUCCGAAAAAGUCGAAAUAUUUCCACAAAGAUUAUUUUCGUAAUAGUCUGGAGAGCAUUGAAGAUGAAACAUUGCCAUCCUCGGAAGUUUUGAAGGAUAUGUUACAGGAACCAAUAAAAUCGUGGAGGAACAACAAACACCCGAUUACUCCAGAUUUGAGCGAGAAUACAGACUAUGCUAUUCGCAGCUUGCAGAGUAAAGACAACAGUUGCGAGGAACACAGUUCUUUCUCUUCAGAAGACAAUGAACAGAAGAGAAUAGAACAAAUAAAAGUUGAAACAAAUGAAAAUGUGACGAUAGGAAAUUACGAAACAUCAGAUUUACUUCCAGGAAUUACUUCCAAACCGCCUCUUCCAAAGAAACUGGAAAAACCAGAAUCAUCUUCAGUACAGUUCACAAAAUCCGCUAAAGACGAUAAAGGCAUGGACGCCAUUAGUGCAUAUCUUGCUUUGAAGUAUCAAUCUAUCUCUGAAAAGAAUUUUCAACCAUCAAAUAGGAACGACAAAGUUGAUGAAAAUUACUUUGAGGAACACACAUCAGUUAAGAGAUGCAACAGGUAG